GGGAAGUUAUCUUCAUGGGUCCUGGGGAACAAAACCGUUCAGGGCUCCACAGUCACCUGUCCCUCCUUGGCCUGCCAGGUUGUUGGGAUCUGUUAAAGCGUGAGAAGCAUUGCGUGGUCAGAUGGGACACAGAUUUGGGUUGCCAUGAGAGUGCAGAAGCAUCUGAUGAACAUACCUGAUUGUGAUUCCCCCUGUACGUGAAUGCCAGGGGGAGUCUGGAGAGCAGAGGAUGUUUUAGCGUGCCAUAAACCCUGCUCUCCCGGGCUCGUCCGCGGUGCAGCACUUUCCUACUACAGACGAACCUGAAGCGAAGCCUUAGGUUUCACCUGAACUUCAGCAAACUUUGCAUUCACAUUCAACCACGCCAAUUCCCCCUGCUGCUCCUAACACUGAGCCAGUCGUUUGGGUUAAAGGUAAGCUCGCAGGAGAGGAAGGCGCCCGCAGACAUUCACACCUGAGGACGCAGUCCUCGCAAGUCAGCCGCCAGCCGGUGGUGCUGCAAACCGGCGGGAGCGACAGCCGCGGCCCCCCGCAGCCCUCACGCACGCCGGGGGAAUUGCCUCUGAUCCCCGUUAUUCCAGAGAGCUCGGCUCUUCUCAAGGGGCAGAGGACGAAGGGCGAAGCCUUCCCUCCCUCGUGGGCACCCCCGCCGGGGUUCCACACGCUUCCCGCCGCUCCCCCGCAGCGCCCUCCCUCGGGAGACAAACUGCAUGGGGGUGGUCGCGCCUGGGGGCGGUGGCGGCGGUGCGGGGGCCGGUGUCGCGGGCGGCAGUGUCGCGAGGGGUGGGGGCGGUGUCGCGGGUGGCGGUGUCGCGUCGGGGCGGGCGGUGCGGGGCGGCCCAGGUGUCGCUGAGCCCGCGGCCGGCGCGCCCUGUCUCUUUAAUAAACUGCUCUGCCGCCCGUCUGCGCGGAGUAAAUUUCAUCCUGUCAUCAGGUCGCGGAGGAGGAGUUUGUUAAUGUUCAGUUUGCUCAGUGGAUCGAUGUUUGCUGGCAUCGCCUCGCCCUGCCUGUGUGUGUGUGUGUAUGUGUGUGUGUGCGUGUGCCUGUGCGAGUGUGUGUGUGUGCGUGUGAAUCGCAGAUUUCCUUCCAUCCAAAGCCUCCCUGUCCUCUCCCAUAUCACUCACCGCCUGGCAUCUGACAGCACGGAACCUGCAGCGCUCCGCGCACACACACGCACGCACACACACACCACGCACACCCGGGCACCGCUCCGCCAUACAGCUCUGCGAGGAGGAGGAGGAGGAGAGGAGAGGAAAGGGAGGAAGCAGCCAGCCCCACAGUCUUUCCAGAGCUGCCUUUUUAAUAUAUACGUAUCUAUUUUGUUAUUUAUUUAUUGCCAUUCUGUGGCACUGUGGGCGCCUUUCAUUUGCUCCUGAGCUUGGAUGUUUGAAUCAAAGCAAAGCAAGUGUUGCAACAGUUAAAAAAAAAAAAAAAAGAAAAAGAAAAAAGAAAAAGACAAAAAAAAAAAAAAAAAAAGAGAGAGAGAGAGAGAGAAAGAAACCUAGAUCUUUAAAAUAAAAUAAAAUCCAAACAGGUUCCUAUCAGUGAAGUGGAAAGGAGGGGGGCAGGGGAGGCUUGAGGGGGGUGUUGGGGAAAGCAGCUGAGAGGCAGAGGCAGAGAAACACGACUCAGGAGCGUCUCAGGGCUCUCGGAUCUGGGGACAGAAGUGAGAUUGGAGAAAGUAGAGCGAUGCCAAGGAGGAAACAGCAAGCACCCAAACGGGCUGCAGGUUAUGUCCAAGAGGAAGAUUUAAAAGAAGAGGAAGAUAUAAAGGAGGAGGAAGAGGAUGAUGAUAACAACUCAACUGCUCAGCUGCAGGGCAGCAAUGACACUGGGACAGAUGAGGAACAUGACGUGGGUCCUGAGCAGAAAGGGAACUUUAGUUACCAGAAUUCCCCUGUCAGUCACGUAUCUAACCAGGAUGCAGAAAAUGAAUCACUACUAAGUGAUGGUAGUGACCACGUGGCAGAUAUUAAAAGCAUUUGCUCUAGAGAGCCACAGGACCCAAAAACCAGCACCCAUCCCAAAGCCCAGAAUGAAGCACAUGAUUGCAUGGAUAAAAUGACAGCCGUCUAUGCCAACAUACUGUCAGACUCUUACUGGACAGGCUUAGGGCUGGGUUUCAAGUUGUCCAACUCUGAAAAGAAGAGUUGUGACAACAGAAAUGGAGGGAACAAAGCUGAUUUUGACUGGCACCAAGACGCAUUGUCAAAAAGCUUGCAGCAGAAUUUACCUUCCAGACCUGUCUCAAAACCCAACCUGUUCAGCUCAGUCCAGCUCUACAGGCAGAGCAACAAAAUGUGUGGAACUGUGUUCACAGGCGCCAGCCGGUUUCGGUGCCGGCAGUGCAGCGCUGCCUAUGACACACUGGUGGAACUAACAGUUCAUAUGAAUGAGACAGGUCACUACCAAGAUGACAACCAUAAAAAGGACAAGCACAGACCUACCAGCUACUCGAAGCCCCGGAAAAGGGCAUUCCAGGACAUGGACAAGGAAGAUGCACAAAAAGUUCUGAAAUGUAUGUUCUGUGGUGACUCUUUCGAUUCCCUUCAAGAUCUGAGUGUUCAUAUGAUAAAAACAAAACAUUACCAAAAAGUGCCUUUGAAGGAACCAGUACCAACCAUUUCUUCAAAAAUAGUCACUCCAGCAAAGAAACGUGUGUUUGAUGUGAACAGGCCUUGUUCCCCUGAUUCCACAACAGGGUCUUUCUCAGAUACGUUUUCUCCUCAGAAGAAUGCGAACCUGCAGUUGUCAUCUAACAACCGCUACGGCUACCAGAAUGGUGCCAGCUAUACCUGGCAGUUUGAGGCCUGCAAAUCCCAGAUUUUGAAGUGUAUGGAAUGUGGAAGCUCCCAUGAUACCUUGCAGCAGCUCACCACCCACAUGAUGGUCACCGGUCACUUCUUGAAAGUCACAAGUUCGGCAUCAAAGAAAGGAAAACAACUUGUUCUGGAUCCUCUAGCUGUGGAAAAAAUGCAGUCACUGUCUGAAGCGCCAGCCAGUGACAGCCCAGUUUCAAAGUCAACCAGUAAAUCACCUGCAGAAUGCAUCACUCCCACUUCUGAACUAAAAAAAGAAAGCAAAAAAGAUAAAACUGAUGAUGCAAGCAAAGAGGAGAAAGCAGUAAAAACUGAAGAGUAUGAAGACGCUCUUCAGAAACCAUUGGAUCCCACAAUGAAAUACCAGUACCUCAGAGAAGAAGAUUUAGAAGAUGGCUCAAAGGGUGGUGGGGACAUUUUAAAGUCCUUGGAGAACACUGUCACUACAGCCAUCAACAAAGCUCAAAAUGGAGCACCCAGCUGGAGCGCAUACCCCAGCAUCCAUGCAGCUUAUCAGCUCUCAGAAGGAGCUAAGCCGUCUUUGCCAGUGGGUUCCCAAGUACUGCAAAUCAGGCCAACGAUCACCAAUAAAUUAAGGCCUAUUGCUCCAAAGUGGAAGGUCAUGCCUCUGGUCCCUAUCUCAGCAAAUGUGGCUCAGUGCACUCAAAUGAAGAAGGAAAUCGAUGACAAGGAAGAGGUACAAAAAGACUAUGCUAAAGAGGGCAUCCAACCAGAGCUCACUUCAGUCAACCAGAGUGAGAGAGAACCUCUCCUCAAACCUGAAGCCUCUGUGGAGCCAAAAAAGACAGAACCAUGUCCCUUGAAAGAGGAAGACAAAAUUAAAGAGGACAGUGGAAGAGAAAAACCAGUCCUCAAGGAACCAACAGCAGCUUCUCUCAGUAAUGGCUGUGCUGCUGCCAACCAUUCAUCUGAACUGCCUUGCGUCAGCCCUCUCAGUGCUCUGCAGUCAGUACUGAAUAAUCACUUGGGCAAAGCCACUGAGCCUUUGCAGCCUCAAUCCAACUCCAGCCCCAGCUCUAGCACAAUUUCUAUGUUCCACAAACCUAAUCUAAAUGUGAUGGAGAAGCCAGUUUUAUCUCCUGCUGCAACCCCACCAAAACCUGCCAGCGUAUCCAGGCACUAUUUGUUUGAAAACAGUGAUCAGCCUAUUGACCUGACUAAAUCCAAAGGCAAGAAAGCUGAGUCAGCUCAAGCACAAUCUUGUACUUCUCCACCUCAAAAACAUGCUCUCUCUGACAUUGCUGACAUGGUCAAAGUUCUUCCCAAAGCUACUACACCAAAACCUGCUGCAUCUUCAAGGAUCCCAUCUAUGAAACUGGAAAUAGAUGUCCGACGCUUUGAGGAUGUCUCAACAGAAGUCUCCACUCUGCAUAAAAGGAAGGGCAGACAGUCAAACUGGAACCCUCAGCAUCUUCUCAUUCUGCAAGCUCAGUUUGCUUCCAGCCUCUUCCAGACAUCGGAAGGUAAAUAUUUAUUAUCAGACCUCGGCCCGCAAGAGCGCAUGCAGAUUUCAAAAUUCACUGGACUGUCCAUGACCACCAUCAGCCACUGGUUGGCAAAUGUCAAGUAUCAACUUAGGAAAACUGGAGGAACAAAGUUUUUGAAAAACAUGGACAAAGGACACCCAGUCUUUUAUUGCAGUGACUGUGCGUCUCAGUUUCGAACCCCAUCUACUUACAUUAGCCACUUAGAAUCCCAUCUAGGUUUCCAAAUGAAAGACAUGAACAGGCUGGCUGUGGAGCAGCAAACCAAGGUAGAGCAAGAAAUCUCCAGAGUUUCAGUUCAAAGGUCUCCUGAAACAAUAGCUGGAGAAGAGGACACAGACUCUAAGUUCAAAUGUAAGUUGUGCUGUCGGACAUUUGCGAGCAAACAUGCAGUAAAACUUCAUCUAAGCAAAACACACAGCAAGUCACCAGAACACCAUUCACAAUUUGUAGCAGAAGUGGAUGAAGAAUAACUCUUAAGGACGAAUGCCUUAGUUCCAGCUCUCCAGUCCAGGCUUCCCGCACCCAGCCUGCCCCUGCACAUCACUCUGAUCCUGACAUUGAACUCACAACAACCCAGACCGAGAAGACUGCCAAAAAAACUCCUGCUAUUCUUCUUCAUCCUCACUAACAAUUUGGUAAUGAAGUAUUGAUUUCCACUCCCCUGCUUAUGGACGGUAUUAGAUUUUCAUUGAUAAACUGCACUGGGGCUGUCUGGUCUCCACUGUCCCUUUUUGCUGUCACUAAAACAAAGUGCCACUGAAGUAAGAUAAUGACUGAGAACAUUGAUGUACUUAUUUCGUCAAUUUGUAACUCCUGACAGGAAAAAAAAAUUCUUCAUAGUUUAAUGUCCAAGUGUGCUACACAAGAUGCAGUCACAUUGGAAGCUUUACUUUUCAUGGUAAUGUCCAUUUCCUAUUUAUAACCCCUUUGGGAUAGUUUGUCUAAAGGAAAUGUUUCUAUUCUGUGCAGCUAUUACUGUUGCACCUGGGUUGCCCAAUCCAGUCAUUGCACUAGGGAUCAAUACAUCACAGUAAGUACAAGAAUUAUUAAGUUAAAACAGAUUCUGAGCCAAAAAAACCUCUGAACAAUGUUAAUCUUCUGUGCAAGUUGUUCAAAUAGUUAUGCUUAACCAUGUUGCUGCCAAAGAUUUGUUUAAAAUUGAUUAUUUUCAGUUUGUUUUAUUCUUCAGAUAGAUAUAUAUAUUUAAAUCUCCAUUCUGGUUUAUGGCGAGACAUAUGCAAUGGAGUGAUUUUUAAACAAAAGUACUAUUGUUAGAUUAUUGAGCAUUGUAUAAAUAUAGGUAUAUAUCUAUAUAUAAAUAUCCCUGUAUAAAUAUCUAUAUAUAGAUAUAAAAGAAAUUAAAGUUGAAUUCGUUCCUCAGUUAGGAGAGUGUAAAUCUAAAGCUCUCCGUUGUAGUUGGUGGAGUUACAUUGGAUUUAUGCCACCAUAAAUGAGAUCAGAAUCUGCUCUUCACACUCUCUGUCCAGCCUGGCUGGAGAACGCAGCUGGCGUUGGGUUGGAAGGGACCUUAAAGAUCAUCUAGUUCCACCACCACAGGCAGGGACACCUUCCACUAGACCAGGUUGCCUCAAGUCAACCGAGACCUGGGGAAAAAGGGGGCCACAAAGAUGACAAUUUCAAAUUUCUGCUUGCAACUUUUUUCAUUAAAACUUUAAGGUCCCCGUUUUAAUUUGUGGAAUAUUCACGUUAAUAAUGAGAUCUAAUUAAGACAUCCAUUAAAAGCCCGUUAAAGUUAAUUUAACGUAAAAAUUCCAAUAGAACUGUAUUAGAUUUUCUCCAUUAAAUUAACGUUAUGGAUUUUUAACGGAUGUCUUAAUUAUACAUUAUUAUUAACGGGAAUACUGUAUUACACAGAUUAAAAUCGGGUCCCGAGUCAACUUGCAAAACCUGCCAGGGUAUGCUAAUGUCACAAGCCUCACGUUACCUGGCACACCGCUUGGAAAACCAGGCACAGCCCUCUGUGCUCUCACUGAGCAUCUCCUCGCAGCAAAAGCAACCUCCAGCAGACAAAUCCAUCUCUGCGUUUAACGAUGAACUUCCCCUAUUCUCAGAGGGAAAAUAAGUCUGGAUCAAGCUGUAAAUCGCUACUCUGUUGCAAAUGAAAUAUUCAAAGCAUGCCAGGCACAAGUGGAGAAGAGGAUCUUCCUCAAAUAAGAGAGGGCUUUGGGGUGUCUUUUACUGUUGCUUUGCUUUAGACGUUCAAGGAUAUAAUUGAAGCACAGCACUCACAAAAUCAGAUGAGCCAUGUUUACUGUGUUCACCAUGGCUUGUGCAGAAGGGCCUGUUUUGGCAUUGGGAAAUUUUGACAUGAUCCCUAAACUCAACAUAGAGGAGAAAAAAAGGCCCUUCCUUAUUUACCUCCUAGGGAAAGUGUUGCCCUUAUGCCACAUAUAAUAGCAAAUUGCUUUUUUUAUGGCAUGCAUAACCUAGAUGGGAAAAAAUAUGGCGCUUGAGGGAAGGAGGGAAAAAGUAAAUGAAGUUCCAGGAAUGUCAUUCUGAAGUAAUGAGGCAUGGACAGAAAAUAUACCUCUCACAUCAUCGGAUUGAGAUGGCAGUCGAAAUAGCUUCAUUGAAGUGUCAGCACUCAUCCAUCAAUCAAUCAUCCACAAGGAAAAAUAGCGACAGUACAACGGGGCGGCUUUUAUGGGAUUUACUCAUGGGCAUAGGGAAUAGCAGCUCAAAUGUAGUUCUGACAUGAAAAGCAAGGUGCUGAUAUUAUUUUUUAUGAUGGGAGGAUCAUAAAGUGAAUUGAGAACAGUGAGGUCUGUCUUUGCUUAACCUAUUCAACUGGAAAUGAACGGAGCUCAACUGGAAACGAGCAGAGCCUUCAGAUGGGUUAAGAUUGAAGCCUGUGCUGUGCUGAGCACCGGCCAUUGACAACAAAAUUCUAUUAAAGCAAAAUCAAUGCAUUAGCAUUGAGCUCCUCAGAAGCCGUUAAAUCGCGCAGCCCAGCUCAGAGUUAUUAAGUGAAGUCGCACAAGGUGGGUCCUUGCGGCACAGACCCAAAGGCAGUGAGCACCGCAGUGAGAUGCCACUUGAGAGGACUCACAUGUGUAUCUCUAGUCCUGUUCUCUUCCCCAACCUUUUGGAUGCUCUAGGAAAAAUACCUGUUCCCACUGACUUCAGAUGGCCCCGAUCCUGUGCCCUGCUGCAGAUGGGCAUUAUGCUCUCUGCUUUGACGAAACCUUCAUGCAGUGUGUUUUGCCCUUUGCCGCUACAGCCAAGCUAUGUACAUGCCAGUUAGGGCUCUGAAGAAGGUGGCCCAUUGGCCCCAGACAGCUCACAAUGCCCAGGGCUGGGGCUCCUUGGGGCAGCAGAUGCUCAGUUUGGGCUGAGUCUUCCCUGGUGCAGCUUAACCGGUGAACAUCAGAUUCACCAUGAUUAAAAACAGUUCCACCAAUGGCUUCAGCUGGGCCAGUACCUGAGAGCUCAGGCUUUUGGGAGGACUGAUCCCCUUGACGAAAGUCUGGCUGCCCCAGCAGUGUGUUUUGCUCAGGAGGCUUCACUGUGGCACAGGCAAGUGCAGGAACAGCUACUUCAUUUAAAAUCUGGCCACAAACCUUUAUUACACAGUGCUAAAACUUGAUUAUUUUGCCUACAUCAUUGUCCCCUGGGAACAUUUUAGGUACCCAUUUGAAUUAAGUGAUUUUAGGUUUUGUUGUUGUUUUUUCUUACAAUAUAAUAUAAAAAGAAGAAAAUGUAUGUCUCUCCUCUCUCUUUCUCUAUACAAAACUGGAUGAGUUGAUAGUUUAUCUGUCAUAUAAAUCAGGUAACACAGAAAAUCAUUGCAUCUUUUCUCUGUCGUCUCUACUCAGUAUCUAUCGUUCUGACUUUUAUUCUUAUUGGAGAUCAUCAAAACAUUAAUUAAAAGCCUGGUGAUCAAACAGCCAAAUAUUUAUGAUACAUGUCCUUGCUUAUUAACAAGUGGCAUAUUGAUACACCACAUAGCCAAGCUGUUUAUGCACUUGUACUGCAAUAAAGCAGUAAGAAUUGUUACCCUUACA